CUUCGCUUAGCUUACUUGUUUGGCACAACAUGUUAAAGAAGGUAAAGGUGAGACACACAAUCAAAGACUUAAAAGUCCAGCAGAUGUCAGUAAAAUAGCUCACUGAAUAAACUUAGAGGCUUGAUCUACUAUUGGACCAGGAGCUCACACGACGGAAAUGAAACGAUGAGAUAAGGUAAAAAAACUUCACAAGAGAAACCAAAUGACUCACAUUGACAAGCUCAGGGCAGCUUGAAAAGGUGGAAAAUAAAGCAGCCUCCGGAUCAUUAACUGAGUUAUUUACACACUGUAAAAAGUAGGUCAAGCCAAGUAAUGUACUCACACAUGCAGUUUUCAUUUCCUCGACAAACCUCCAAGCUUUGCCCACUAGAGGUCACAAGUUUAACAUUACUCGCCUCCAGAAUAUUGAUCAUGAGGUGGGUGCUCUAUUUUUAAGGGUACGGCUCACAUGGGGGACACGUCUUGUGCGUCAUAUAACCGAAGAAAUGAAACCUAAUUUUUACACUUUGAUUUCACUGCUGAGGUGGCUGAAGAAGGGACAACAAACUCUGAUCAAUCUUGAGUUUCAGAGGUGACUUUAUUAACCGGGAAAGAGUGGAACUUGGUGUGUUUAAACAUCUCCAGUCAGGAUUUCCCUGCUUCAAAAUCAGGAGAUCUUCCUCUGAUUUGGGAGGAGAGGAAUCCUGACUGGAGGUGUUUAUUGUUUAUCGUUAUUAAAAAUCUUUGUUUUAUCCCUUCAAUCCCUUCCACACAUAGCCACUUGUGUUAUCUGGUGCGAGGGUUUUUUUGUGCGUCUCUGUUAAAGUGUAAAUAUUUAUGACUUACACCAAAACUUUUCUGAACUGGCCUUGUUAUGAAGAUCAGGAAAAGAUAAAAGUUUUAUUAUCUAAAUAUUAAACCAGUCAAGGGCUUUUUUUUUUCUGCCAAAUAUUUCAAAAACUAUUCCUAUCACCUGUAUCUGAUCUAAACUUAAAGACCUCUUACCUAAUGUUGACCUGCUUGUAUACCAAACUAAUAUAAGUAUGUAUAUCUUUUAAAUUUUAAUAAACAUGUCAGCAUUGCAUUGUGCACAUCUUAAAGGUAAGUUAGCACUUAUCUCAGUGCUUUGCUGUGUCUAAUAAGAGUGACCGGUUUCACAGUUGUAUGUUUCCAAAGUUCAACCCUAACCCCAGACUUUAAAUACAACAUGACUUUGUUUUACUCUCUUUUUUGCGCAUAUUUUUUAAACUAGACCCGAGGUCUUAAUUAAAGGGAUUAAGAAAAAGGUGUUAAGUAGAUUUUGUUCAUUGUGGGUAAAUCCUGGUAGGCUGUUUCCACCUACUUUCAGUCCUGAGCCGGGUUAAGGAGAGUAUAUGUCUACUGUAUGUUCCCAAGCUUAACGCCCUUUUUAAAUGACACAUUUUAAUGUUUUUUCACCUUUGGUUUAUUACAAUGUAUGGUGUGAGAACAAGAGGGUUUUCCUGGAUUUAAACAUUAGAAACAUUAGAAACAUCCAUGCAUCUUUGCUCAAUUGUUGUGCAUGGAGAGCCCUAAUGUGCAUAUUUGACAUUGUACAUUUACAACCUUUAGCAAGGAAAGUGUUAAACUUGUGGAGUUAACUUGUCAAACCUUCACAAAUGCAUGUAAAAAAACUACUUUUCUAGUGAGUAUCAGGUCUUGGAGGCGGUCCUGUAGAUAAUUAAGCUUCAUUCUCCAUCCGUGGUCUCCAAAGACCUCCUCAGUGACCAGUCCUGUGAGAAGCCAAGGUUAGCCAGGGGCUGCCAACCACCACCCACUGUCUUUCAGAUGUUAAUUAACAUUCAUUUACUCAAGACUUUAAAUUUGAAUGGCUAGAAAAGCACUUGGCAACAAGUCCUUUUUGGCUUUCAGUUCUGGGCAUCUCCUCACACCCAAACAGAGAAAGUGUGUCAGAGAAAUUGGGUUAAUCAUUGCCAUCAUCACCUGAGAGAAACAAGAGGAACAGUUUAAACACAAUGAGCAGAAUAUCAAAUGUAUGGACUCUUCGGUGUUUUCUUUUUCAUGUUCUGCACCACCAAGAGAAACAGGAGCUCCAGGAUUAUUGUCCUUUAACGCAGAAGUUAUGUAAGAGUCACUGCGACCCUUUCCUCAUCCAUCAGUGCCACAGCGGCCAAUUAUCCACGACUGGUUUGCUCCUUUUCAUCGAUAGAUUUUCUGCUGUGUUGGCAAAUGUAAUGGGGUAGUUGAUUCCCUCCCUAAUGGGACGCCAUGGACUGUGAUGUCCUCUAAUUAAUGCGCACACUAUUUGUUGGGUGUGUGUACAGUAAAAUUGAGUUGAUUAAUUUUCUGUCACACUGUUUUUAAUGAGCUCAGUCCACCGACCUUAUUACUGAUUCCUGCUCCUGCACAUUAACUGUAUUACAUAAACUUUCCCCUUGCUGCUUGAGUCAUCUUCACCUCAGUUGCAAUGAUUUUAUUUUGACUUUGUCGCAAAUCAGACUACAUGUAGAAUUUCAAUGUGAAAAUGUGGUGUUAGCGCAAGAGUCUGCAUCUUUAAACCCUGUUUAUCUACACAAACAUUAACACCGUUGCAGUUGAAGUGUGUUAUUCUUGUAUAUUUCUCAUUUGGAUCGACUCAAGUAACAUAACUGAAACACAGACACUCAUUUUAUUCUCAUUAUAAGAGGUGUCUGUGCAAGAAUAUCCAGUUAAGUAUGUGAAUAAACAUUUAUGUCGUCGCUGUAGAGCAUCACAGUCUGCAGAGUUAAAGCAUGAACCUAAAACUAUCUUAAUUUGCAGAUGUAAUGGAAAAUUCCUGCCACCUUCUCCCCCCUCGCUGUGAGAAAAUGGUCUUAUCGCAGAUCCAACUGCGUUAGUUGCUCUACCAUUUCAGCUCAUGAUCGUGUCCGAGUGCCAAGCUCCUUUGAAUGCUUGGGUGUCUUCCAAAAAAUUUGGGAACUUGAGCUGCAGCAUGAAAGUCUUCAUUGUUCCUCAGAUUCUUAUUGUUUGUGAGCUCUGCAUGAGAUGAUUUGAAGCUCAACAGUAUGUCUGAGAAUCUCUCCAUGACAUGACAAAAGAGCUUUUUCAUGUGCCAGAAGUGAGGAAGAUCUAAUUUGGACUGUUUGGACACUUUUUCCGGACUCAUCCAGAUAAACUCCUCUUACGCAAUCAUGUGAGAAUCAGCUGACUGGGAGGAUUUCGGCCUCUGCACUGAGUGUUACAACUAACCCUCAUGGGUUAAAGGUGAAAGUAAAUGUGCAAAGUGCCUAAUCUGUCCCGAGAAUGUGACCCCUGCCUCGAACCGCACAGGAGUCCGACUAUAAGGCCAAAGCCUCGAGUCCACUUUGAACAAAAGAACACCUGCUCAAAGUCUUUGCAUGUUCUGUAAAUGUUCAGUUCACAAAAAUUAAGAUUAAGGUCGAGCAGGUGGGCAUUAAGCUCCUGAAUCUGAGAUUCCUCGCCUGAUUAAAUAUUUUCAGCUGAGAUGGAAGGAAAACAUGCCCACAAACUAAGUCUAUCCAAGCUGGUCAGCUCAAACUGUGCCGUCGUUUCAUCAGAAUAUACAACCUAAGACGUCUUAAAACAAGUUGGACAUUCUGGGAGAUCACCUUAUAUCUCAUUUUUACAUAAACUAAGACAAAAUACCACACAACUUUUACAUUUAACAUACAUGUUAAGUUGGGGCUAGCAGCAGUUAGCUAAACUUACUCACUAAAAUCGUCUGACAGCUAGUUUGCUUACAGAACAGGAUGUUUCCAAAUACCCUAAAAAAAGGAAAAAUUCACUUUAUAUCUAAUAAAAGGCACCGUCAGAUACAUUCACAAUCAUUCGCAAAUUUUAUUUGAGACAUGCAGCAUACAUUUCUGCUCAAUAUGAUUCUGACAUCACAUGUGAUUCCCGUUCAUUUCUGUGAUUUAAAUGCUGAACCUCAGGAGAUUACGCCGUUAUUGUACAUUGAUAAAGUGUUUUGCUCAUACAGUAGGAGGUGCUCAUCUUCAUGUGACUGACUGCAGUAAAUCUGUUCAGAUUAUCCACCUUUGAGCUUCACUGGUGUCGGGAAAACAGCGCGGCUUUCCGUCUCUUCUUCCUGAUGAACUGCGCUUUUGCUUUCUCGAUAGAUAACUGAAGCGGACUCAUGAUGGGAGUUGCUAAGGUGGACUUGAAGUGGUUCUCGGACAUCUGCAGGUGUAGCUCUAUAGCAGCGGUGACUUUGGAUGUCGUGGUUGUAAAUGUCGUUGGUGUUUGUUCAGUUUGUUUGGGCGAAGACAUGCCAUCACUUGGAGAAAGGGGCAAGGCUUUUUUACUUGACUUUCUGUGUCUGAAUGUCUGUUUGUGUGUUUUUGCGAUGAUAGAAGGGGCCGCUGUGAAAGGAAAAAGCCUCCAUUCAUUGUGAGUUUCUGUCACUUCUAUGGGCUUGAUAACUGUAGUAGAAGUUUCAGGGAUGUCCAGAGCGUUGCUCGUCCUUAGAGCGAGACGAAUUGGAAGCAGAAUGUCCGAGCUGUUGUGAAAAAGUGGAUAGUCACUCUGCAGAGGCAAAACUGUUUUCCUCCUCCUGCUCCUCAGCCCUCUUCCUUUUGAUUUCUGCCUUUUUAAAACACUAUAGGAGGAGUUCAGGGCAGGGACUUGGAAGCUUGUCUGCACCGCAUGAAAGUGCAGCCUGUGUGAGAUCUGUCGCUCUGUUGUGGGCAGUAAGGGCGCAGUGGGAGCUGUGGGAGUGAGAGGGAUCACUUUCAGAUUGUCCGUAGAGGAAUUUUCAUGAGCGAUGGUCACAAUGGGAGAAGCUGGGCUGACUUUUCUCCUUUUUUUCCUCCUUUCUUUGUCUCCUCUCUCCUUUGACCUGUUUCUUUUGACUUUAGGGAUUACAAUAGCCGUCCUGGCAGUGCUGGAGAUGGGUCGCUUCUCAGAGUCACUCUCGGUGCUUUGUUCGGGUCUUGCUGUUGGGGAUGUGGCAAUGAUGGAAGAGACAGGAGUAGAUCUUGAGUUGUCUGUUGUGUUCUCAGGGAAGUGAAAUUUCUUGCCCUUUUUCCGCCUCUCUUUUCUCAACUUUCUGACUUUUGCUCUCUGUGGAGCGACUGUUGUCCUGCCUGUAGGGGAGGGGACUUGUACUGUGGACUCAGGCUCUGACUCUGCUGGUUUCUCCUCCUCUGUUGCAGUUGUUGUUAUGGAAACAGGCUCUCCCAUUGCUGGUUCAUCUUUCAUGACUUCAUUGGAGGGCUCUUCUCUUUCUCCAGGCUCAUAUUCCCCGUCUUCGACACCAUUUGUGUUUGUACUCGAUGGGGCGUGUUUGUGCGACUCACUGAUGAAGUUGCUCAGAGAAAUACCGUCGCCUGCUUUGUUCCUGGAGGUGGAAACUGCAGCUCCUUCCUCCAGUUUAACACCUGCCUCUGCUUUUUGCUUCCUCUUCCUCCCCUUACCUUUUCCUUUCUGCUUUUUAGUCUUCUUCUUCUUCCCCGUGUUCUUCCUCUUCUUCUUCUCUGAGCUUUGCGUCUCUGUUUUAUCAGAGUCAGCAGUGGAGCUUUGAGAGGUAGAGACGGUAGCAAGGACUUUGAUGAAGUCCUCGGCGGCUGUGACAACGUUUCUGAGUGACGGCUCCUCAGGGCCUGACAGGGUAGACUGUGUCGUACUGUCUGGUUUCUUCUCCUCUGGGCCGCUCUCGGACUCUUUCUUGAUGGGAGGAGCCAACGUCAACACGUCAAUGACGUCAAUGCCACCAAAGUCAUAGGGAACCGCCUCCCUUAGCACAGCAACUGGAAGCUUCUCGUAUCGUCUACACCUAAACGAGAGGGAGGCAGUUACAGAAAGUCGUACAGCUCAAUGUGCUGCAAAUCUACUUAAAAGUUCAGCACAGGGGUCCACUGAUACUCACAUGCCAUACCAGUGCCGCUCAGCACACUGCUCUUCAUAGGCAAAGUCAAAGCACGGCACGCCGAUGACGUUAAAGAAUGCCUGACCAACUACCCUGGAGGACGUGUCGUUGACCCUCCUCAGACAAUCUCUCAACCUGCAAAGGAGACAAGAGAUAAUAUAAAAAAUCAUCGAAAAUGCAGAUGGUCUUUCAGGAGGUGGAAGUUUGACCUGUAAAAAGAGUCUCUACAAAAACAGAUUCAAGAUAUUUACCAUGUUUGAAUGCUGCUGUGGUCGAGGACCUGUGCACCUCAGCACUAUAUACAUACUGGACUGCUAGCACUACUGCAUUUACUGCACUUUUAUACUGGUUUUAUUCUACUUGGCUGGUCUGCAGAGGUGCAUUUGUUGUUGUUUGUUGUCGUUGUCUUUGUUAGUGUACUGUGUAUGAGUCUGUGAGUGACAUGACCCCUAAAUUUCUUGACUGGGAUUAAUAAAGUACUUAUCUAUCUAUCUAUCUAUCUAGAAGUUCCCUGCUGUUAGUGAGCGAUGUAGCUGUUUGGCUGUAUCUGGUCAAGAUUCAGAUACAUGACUAUCAAGUAAUGUAAGGAUCUGUUAGGGGUCUACAAGGAUGUCCUUGUGGUCUGGUUAUAUGUUAUUUUUUACAGCUAUAUUGACUCAUCACUCAGUUUUGCAGUUACUGUAGUUUAGUAUUUUGCCUCCAUCGACCUUUUUGACUGGCCUAUAUCCCGAUAUUUCCUAGAAGAGAGAGCCUUUCACUCUCAAGUACAACAUCUGAUCGCAACACAGAUAUCAGGAAAAAGAGGAUCUUGUGAGAAGAUUUAACUGAAGCUUGCUGUCACAGACUAAAUCUGAAGUAUUUAUUAUGUCAAGUAAUGCUGAUGCCUAACACCUUGCAUGAGAUGUGAUACUUUUAUGAGCCUCUGAAAAAAAAAGUAGCAUACUCAACAUCUUUGGAUUGAGCUUCAAGUCUUAUGUUGAGGGCAGGGUCCUGAAAUGUGAUCUUUCACUUCAUCCAGAAAGUAUUUUGUCUUUCAUUUUCUUCAAAAACAGUUCAAUGGGCCAAUGCUUGACAUUACAAAUCUAUGAAAUUGGAUAACUUUUCUCUGUUCAGCAUGCUGUAAUGUUUGUUUCUAACUUUUAAGGGUUAAAUGUGGUUGAACAUUAGCUGGAAAUCUUGUGUUUUACGCACAUGGGUGAUAAUGUGAGGAUGCAUCAUGUUUUUUUAACUCACGCAGUGUCACAGUCACAGUGGCAGAUAGAGUGCCACUUGAAGUUCGUGUGGCCGUAUUUUGAGGAGAAAGCGUGGAUGACAUGCGGGCAGUGGUCAUGGACACGGCAGCAGCUGUCCGUCUCUGCAAACUCUCCUGCAACACGGAGGUCAGACACCGCUUGGUAUUGGGCACACACUCACCAAAAACACAUAAGGUUAACUUAAUCUGCAGGAAUAUAAUGAAAUUACUUAACCUACCCAACUGCUCAUAAUGGUCAGCCAUGUUUCCAGCUCCACACCACAGGGUCCCGGGAUAAGUGAAUCCUCUCUUGGAUCUCUUUAAAACCUUGUCCCGCAGCGCUGAGUCAUUGCUCUCUUCCAUCUCCAACUUUCCGGUGCGCAAAGACCUUUCUCUGAACUCCCUGCACGCCAGUUUAGCUUCCUCCAUGUGCGUAAAGCGCGUAUCCACUCGCUGCUCGGUUCUCUGCUCUUUCUGUCCCAUCCUGCACUCAUGCACGAACGAUUUCACCUGCACUUGGUUGACAGUGAUGGAGCAGUUUAUGAGCUUCCCUGUGGGGCUGACGAAUGAGCGGACAGCCUCAGCUCCGUCUGACACCUGGUAGAGGAAAUUCUCCCUCACGGUUGACAUUUUUGCGCACAAGGUGCCGUUGAGCAUGAAGAACAUUUCUUUACUCUCCUUCUCUGCGUCCAAAGCGCGGCUCAGGAAGUCGCCCAUGACAAAAUUUCUGUCCAGAUAAGACAGAAAGACAAAGAAGACCGACCACAUGAUGCGGCGUGUGGCACUUUCAGCACCACGCGUAAUGGAGACAGCUCCUCGCGGUUUUCCAGCGCCCUCGCGCAGCCCUCCCGGUUUUAAGGCGCGCGCAUGUGGUGUGAUUAUUAAUACGAUAAAUGGCAAAGCUGGGAGGAGUUAGCCGAGUUAACCUCUCGAGAGAGAUUUCCAGCCUGGUUCGAGUAUCUCUGUCACACCGUAUGGACCUACACACUUCAGAGGUUUGCCCUAUAUAUGCUAAACCCACGCGUGGGGGAUAUUUAACUGUUUCACUCAGACCCCAUUAAUCCAUUGACCCUUACUGUAUAUAUUUCACGCACACACUGACAUCAAACGUGCCAGCAGAGGGGAGAGGGUGAACAUGUGGGUGUGGAGAGCAUGAACUCAAGGUCCUUUCAGAGAGAGAGAGAGAGAGCGAGAGAGAGAGAGGGAUAUGAACGAAAGUGACCUCCCAGCCCCCUCAGCUCGGCCCUCCAGAAAGUGGAGAUUUACUUUGGGAACACGCAUAGAGGAGGUUCCUGCUCGCCCCUCUUUCCAUGGUAACAGGCAUGGGGUGAUUGUGCCAACCUAGGAGAUUGGACAUCUUUCAAAUGCCACAGAACAGGCAGUGAAUUGGUGAUGACCUAAAUCACAAUGUGAGGACAAAACUCUUUCAAUGUGGAAUGUGGGAAAGGUUGGCGCUGUCACACGCAAAGCUCACAGACUCAAGUGUGAACUGAUUCAGAGGAAACCCUCCUCGCUCACGACUUUAAACAGCUUACAUGGACUUCAGGAAUUGACCCAAAAAUUAGUCCAACUGCUUCUUACCCACCAUGACCGAUUGGUACUCAAAUCUCUGAUUUAUUCAUGGGUUUCUUGGUUGAUUUCAAUAUCACACCAAUGACAGAAUAAAGCAGGAUGGGAUAUUUUUGUCUUGGCCUCUACAGGACAAGAUCAGCAAAGUGAGAAUGUAUAUUUACGCCUUUGCAGGAGAUGGCAAAAUCAACACAAACAACAAAAUCCUCAUAACAUGGUGUUAAAAACUGUUAACUUUGGACCAUGUGCUGAAGGAACACUGGAGAGACUUAAACUAAACUUAGUGUGAGUACAAAUACUGUUCACAGAGACAUACUGUAUAUAAAUGUGCAAAAUACAACCCACCGGUGUCAGACAAAUCAAGCAGAACUAAAUUACUAUAGGAAAAAAACAACAGUAAAAUCAAGAUUUUGUGUUUUUGUGUGAAAGGAAAUCAAGUCUAAAUGUUUAUGUUCUCUUAUAAAUCCACCUGCACUAAUCCAACAGUGCCAAAAGCAGUUGCAGUGAUGAUGUGCUGUCACAUGAACUCAGUCAGAAAAACUCUGAAAGGUCAAAAUGUCACGCACUGUUGCUUUGUAGUUCUCUGUGUGAGUAAGCGUAACCUCUGUAAAGUUACACGUGAGUUCUGAAAUGAUGCAAAGCAGACAGUCCUCUGCAUCUGUUUCAUCUGUGACUUUCCAAGAAGCAAAGAAAAAACCUCUUGUCAGGUUGGGUUUCUAAUCAGCCCAGUGUUUAGUCACAUGGUUGGUCUUACAGGGAGCUCUAGAGGCGGGGAUCCAGCCUACUCAAGGCACUGAAAGCGGAUUGUUGGAAGGCGGAGAGAAAUGAUGUAAAAUCACCAGAGGCAACAUUCGACCAAACCUUGAGGGAGGAAAAAAAAGUUUCUCAUGAAUUAGAGUGGCCACUAGAGGAGGGGCUUAAUCCUGCUGACCAGAGGAAAGAUGUGGGGUCAGCUAACACACGCACAGAGAAACAGAGAGAGGCUGACUCUUGAUUAAGUAGCUGCUGGGUAAUGCUCAUUCUUUUCACUCUGCUCUACAGACAGACAGACAAGGGGAGAAACAGCGCCCCCUGGGUGAGUUGGGGCGUCACUGACUCAGACAGAGAGGAACAUUUACAGUUGAUUUAUUAGCGUAAAGAGUUAUUCACUGUUUUAACUCUAUAUGACAAGGGGGGAAAAAUCUGAUAAAAAAAUCUCUGUUUCUAAAUUAAUGAAAUAAUCAUUUUAAUUUAGAAAAAGUGAAAUUUUUAAAAAACCACAAGAUCUUCACAUUUUCUUAUAAUUCUGAGACUGACUCAUUAAUUUGUCAGAUUAAUUUAAAAAGUGUUAUUUUGACUAAAGCGAAUGAAAUAGUGUUCACGGCUCUAAGAUUUAUGAUAACAAAGUGUAAGACAGAGCAUGAAAUAGCUUUAAAGUUCCACUCUGAUAGUUUUUUUUUACUACUUAAAGUGUUCUCAGUGGUCUUUAAACUGGACUGGAGGAUGCUGGUGUAGUGUUAGCUUCAGUUCAACUUAAUAUCGACUCAGGCACUACAUGGCCUAACCACAUGACGCAUUAAAAAGCACACAAAGCUAAAUUAAACAAAAACCUUAUCACUAACUUCUUUGCUCGUCCUCUCGCCGUCGUCUUCUGUGCCUCGAUCGUAAAACACCGGCGCAUCACCGUUAUCGGUCCCCUGCAGCUCACUUUCGUUGUGGCUUUUUUAAUUUGUACCCUUUUAUUUUUGCAGAAAGUUACUUUUUUUUAAUUUUUUUAUUUUUUAUUUGCAGCAGUGGCAGUUUUUGGCCACCAUAUAAAACAGAACUGAAAAGCACAGCUACGAGCACAGAAAGCAGUUGUUUCAGACGGAUACAAAGAGGCUCAGACCUGGUUUUAAACCCAAGACCCUUUGAUUGUGAGGCAGCAGCUUUCCCCACUUCACUUCAUAUUAGGCUGACAGUACUUGCUUUUGUAGCUGCUUUUUACUUAAUUUUCUAAGUGAUAAAGUUUAAUACCACGGGUUAGCAUAGAUGUGAGUUGAGGCCUCUUUUUUAGGCUCACAGAUGUGUCUCUAUCCUGAUCUUGAGCCAACCCACAAUCUUUUCAUUAAGAGGCAGCAGCUUUCAUCACUGCACUACAGGUUAGCCUGUUAUAACUUGCUUUUCUGAUUUCUUCCACUUUCUUUGAAAAACUGAUUAGCUUUUUACGAAACACAUCAGAGACACAUCAGGUACGGCUGUGGGAAAGUACGGCCUGUGGUUACACAAAGAUGAGGAGAGCACUCAGCUUGAAACCUGUUGCAGAAAACUUGAGUGAAACUUAAUAUCAGAUCAUUUAAUAACCGCAACAGACUGAGAACUGGAGGAUGUGGAGUGAAUACGGUGAAAAGGUUUGGUUGUGAUUGCAACCUGAGCUGGUUUGAACGCCUUUUCUCAAGACGAAGGCCAAAGACCUUCCUCUGUCCAGCAUGGAGAACAACAACAUCAGGUGUGCACCCUGGGUAAAAUUAACAUUUUCAGAGGAUCGGUGUUACACUUUUCCAUUGAUCACAUGCAGUCAGCUGAAAUUUUUUUUUAACUUUUUGCACGUGUAUUUUUGUGCUUUUGUUUCAAUCCAGGGCUUUUGUAUCUCACAGAAAGGACCUGUUUAUUUUUAGAGACUGGUCAGAUCCAAUUGUUCUUGAAAUAAAUGAAAAAUUAAAGAAAAUAAGCUGUGACAAUUUCUGUAUUAUUUUUGUGUGAUGCAUUAUCUUUGUUUUCAGAUGAAUACAGAGGCUGUCAUGUAAAUGUUGGUCCAUCGACCAAUCAGAAGCUGUGUCUGCAAUCAGCUGACCUAUAAAGAUCCAGAGCAGCUUAAAACAGAGUCAGCCUGCACUCAGUCUAGAAAUAUACUAAGAUAGAACUGUUUUGAUAGAACUUUUUAAAAACUUAUUCUGUUUAAAUCUAUACUUCAUUAUCAUUAUUAUUUUCCUUAAAAAACAGACUAUAUUUAAAAUACUAAUAACCUAAGUUUAAUUAUAUUUCUUUCUCAUUUUGUUUAUUAAAUGUUUUCAUCUUAGUAUUAAGUUUAAUUUCACUUUUCCUUCUCAAGUUUUAAAAAAUUAAUCUGAUCACUAACUCAAUGACUGAUAUUAUCCAUUCCCUUUCUUCUUCUUGUUUAAUAUUUAGUGUCAUUUUGAGAGCUGUCAUUUGUCUCAGUGCUGUGUAAUGUUAUUUAUGGCUCCCUCCCACCCACCAGCAGCCCCGUGUGAACUUUAUACGGGGUACUCUCACACUCAUCUGCAGCCCAGACCAUUCACCACAGUUUCUCCCUCUCACAGUGCAGACACGAGUUGCUGCAAAUGGACGCUUUGGAGCUUCCUGCAGACAGGCAUAGAGGAUGGUACCUAUCUCUGAUGGCACCAAACACUAAAGGACCAACGUUCGCUUGGCUUGACCCCUCCAGACUCUACUGCAACUCCAAGGUUUGAUCAGCUGUACUUCAUUCAAAGACUUUUUAGCUGUAAAAACUUAUUUUCUAACUGCAGCAACACAUUAACUGUGUGUAUUUUCAGGCUCUUGAAGACUGUGUCAAAGACCUGAUCAGUCCAUUUCUAAAUGACACCAUUGACCUGGUUGCCGGGAUAGAUGCAAUGGGGUUCAUUCUAGGUAAGAAACAGUUAACACAGGAGGGAAAAAAUUGGUGAACAGAUUGUACUCUUGUUGUGUAAACUCAUUGUAAACUCACUGAGUUACUCCUCCUGCAUAUGGGUCAGGAAACCUAACUCCUCUUGCAAAGACUCUAAAUUUAGAUAUCCAGCUACUCUAAACCUUGAUACAUAGCAGUGUAUAAAACUGGCAAGUCAUCCACGGGGUGAACAUGUACACUUUGUAGAUGUGCAGAAAUGUCACUGAUAAGGUUUUUGUUUGUUUUCAGGAGCGUCUGUCGCCACCGUCCUGGGAAAAGGUUUUCUCGCCAUACGCAAAGCAGGACAUCUGUGUGUAGCAACAGACAACCAAAACUACAGUGAUUACACAGGCAAAGAAAAGACUAUGGAAGUAAGGCUGGAUGUGCUAAGACCAGGUUAAUCUUUAUUAUUUUUAUAUUUUUUUUAUUCUGUGGCCCUUAAAUGUGCCAAAUGUCAGCUUAGAAGAUGUGUGUUUACACAGCUGCUGAUGUUAGAGGACUUCAUGACCGGGAGAGCUUCAGCUGACAAGAUCACAUUCAACUUUUAAUGGUGUGUUUGCAGUGACUUUUACAAGAUUAGAUAUCAGUACUGUUGUGUUCACAUAUCUGAUAUUUAGAUUCUAUUUUUCAGAAAUAAAAAAGUAGUCUUUCCUAAAACCCAUGAUAUCAUUAAAAGACCAAAAAAAGCUGAAGAAAUCUGUAUAAAAAGUCACGGCUGUUGGCAGUGAUCUGAGCAGAUAUGACUCUGUAGUGUAAAUCACUUAUUUAGGGUUAGCCUAAAUAACAGCUGAGUCUGUAAACUGAUUUAACCUUAGCACUCAAAAAUAAACCCCAACAUUUACAGCAUCUACCCAUUAAUUGAGAGGAAAUAUUUCUCGACUAUAUGUCCAGCUAUUACUUGCAGCACAACACCCUCUAGUGUUCUCCAUUAGAUGUUACUUUUUGCCACUUCAGCAUCAUUCAAGACAAUACAAAUAUCCUUUUUCAAGUCUUCAAAACAGCAAAUUAUGUAUCUGUUGAAUGUAUCUUGGUCUAUUUUUCUGCUAGAGUGGGAUAAUCCCAAACUUGUUUCUUGUACCUCUGACAUUUUUUACUCAAAACAGUUGCAGCAGCUGUUAAGAUGCAAACUUUGCAUGCUUGUGUACGGCAUUCCUGCUCUAUGUUGUCAUUAAUUCUUUAUUAUGAGAUGGUUAGAGCAAGGUAACACUGCUUAUUUCAUCACAAUGUUUCACUUAUUAACCCUCCUCCUGUGGUUUUGUUUUUAAAUAGUGACAUGAACCACUUUAGUUUAUUUGCAUCAAGACUUUUUGACUUUGUCAGGAACCUCUAUUUCAACAAAAUAAAAAUAAAAAAAAUUAAAUUUACUAAAUUAUAAAACGCUCUUAUUAAAAUUAUGGCACUUGUCGUGUUAUGGUCGCUGUUGACCCGGUUAGAUCAAUAUCUAAUAAUUAGAGUAAAAACUGAAAUCAUAAGUGCACCAUCAGGCACCACACUGACAGUCAGAUCAUCUUCCAGUCAUGUGAGAAAAAUUCUCAUUUUUCCAUGUUUUUCUCUGCACAAAAAACGUCGGGCAUGUCCAGACAUGUGAGAUCAAUUCAGGAUAGAUUUUUGUGUGAGGGGUAAACUGAAAAAGAAAGGUCAAGAGGCCCACUACAAAAACUAUUAUAAGCAAUAUUUUCAUGGAUAAUGAAGCCUAACAAAGUAACCUAGAGAUGAGAACCAACUUGAAUGAUAGAGAAAUUUUUUUAGCGUGAUUUACAACUGAUUUAAGACCCUUAACAUAGUGGGUGCGUAGGAAAAACUUACACAGGAGGAAGGUUAACUUAAUGUCUUGAAAAAUAAGCCUCGUUUUGAAACAGUUGUUAAAUUCUCAGACAUUAGAGGGUGACGUGUGUCUCCUCCCUACAGGUUUGAGAGUGCUUUUAGUGGACCAAUGGAUUGAGACAGGAGGCACAAUGAAGGCUGCCAUCCAGCUGGUGGAGAAGCUAGGAUCCACUGUUGUAGGUCUGUCAGGAUACUUGUGUAAAAACAUCAUCUAGAAUAUCUUCACAUUCAUCUCACAGUCUGUUACCCGCAGGUGUUGCAGCCGUGGCCAUCGAGAACACAGAGGGAGGAAAGUGGAUUAAAGAAAACUACAAAUUUUCUCACUGUAUCCCUGAAGAGCUCCAGAGCCAAAUUGACCAAAAGAGACUCGAUUCCUUCAAACUGUUAAAUAACUGAACCUGAAAAAUGUGAAUUUUACAAAAUGAAAAUGAGAAAAAAAAAGAGUAUGUAGUAACAUGUCAUAAUCUAUGAAGAAAGACUAUUUUAUAUAAACAGUAUUUCAUUUUAAACUGUAACAACCGUCAUGCUUCAGUAACACAGAGCUGCUGAAAUCCAACAACCUGCCUUUACACUUCUAAAUUUGAGCCUCGAGUGCAAACAAGACUGUACAGAUUGAAUUUUUCAGAGUCAGAGAUGUUCACCAGUGCUAUUGUUUGAACAUCACACCAAAGAAUACUGACAGUUAGCAGACCAUAAGGAAAUAUGUUUAUCUAUAUAAGACAAAAUAACACUGAACAGGAAUUAUUUACCCCACUUUUAAAGCUCUUAUGUGGAGUUUUCUGUCUAGGCUCAAUUCUGGCGCCACUCUACUUGUUCUGCACAUGCCUAUCAAGUGUUUUCUUUUCACAACAGUCAAAUGUAUCACCCCUUUGAAUAUUUGCUGUGGGACUUCUUUAGUAUAGUUUUCAACGUCUCAUUUGACACCUAUCCCCUUCACAGUGGCUUUAAAAACUACAUUAUUGAUAUCAUCAGUCUCAGUCUAGAUGGACUAAUUUCCUUUUAUAGAUCAUGUAAAGGCCCGAGUGUUGAUUUGAGUCUGUUUCCUCUCCAGUUGAAAACCACUUACAGGAGUUUAAAAGGUCACUUGCUGUCAUCACUCUCCUUGAACCGUUGUUUGUUUACUCUAAGCUGUAAACUACUGCAAACAUUAAUUUCAAUCAUAGUUUUUGCUCAGCAAACUUUGAUUACAAUACAGUUUAUCCAAAAACACAGGUCAUUUAAAAAAAUCAAACAUUGCAUUGUUCUUUUUAAAUACAGCGGUUUAUUUUUGGUUAAGGCUGCAUCGUUGAACACUGGCCGGAUUUCUGAUUUUUUUCAUAAAGAGCUAAGAGGCUGCAGAGAUGAUUUAAAACUGUUGUGUCAACUAACAAUAGAGCACUGUUAAAAUACAAAAAAAUAUCUUUGCUCUUCUUGAUUUUUUUCCCUUGCAUUUUUCAAUAUUAAAUCUUCUUUUAACAUCAGUGAUUAUCAGAACAUGUUCCAUAUCAUUUAAAUAAGUCUGAAUGACCCCCCCCCCCACCCCUUUUGUCAAGUAACACAAACAAUACUGUGAUUACAGCACAAAGCAUUCUUAAUGGAUUUGUACUACAAAAUGCGACACUACAAAAGGCAUCUUCCUAACUCAGUCAAUCAUGUAGCUAUAAACAAAGAGCACUUAGUACCUACUGAGCAAACAAUAAAGAAAGAAAGAAAAGUUGAAAUUUUCAUGUUAAACUAUUGCUUAAAAUCUGGAGAUCAUGAACCCAACAAGAGGUUAAACCAACAAACAUACCAAGUUUGUGUGGUGAUGUCAAAAAUACAUUUCUGCUUAAAAAACUCAGUUUAUGUUCCCAAACUUUGCUUGAAUUCGCCUUUUUUGUGUGUCCCUUUUGCAUAUUUUGUACUGCUAAGAGAUGAGUUAGGAGCAUCUGAUCAACAGACAUAGAAAUGAGACCAAGUACCAAUAAAACCAGAGCCUGAAAACUCAAAA